GGCUGAAGGCCGCGGGCGGGGCCGGGGCCGCGGCCGCCGCCUCCCCAGCCAUCGCCUCCCCAGCCAUCGCCUCCCCAGCCAUCGCCUCCCCAGCGGUCGGCGGCCGUGCGGCGGUGGAGCCCGCCAUGGGGCUGUGCCUGCCCUGCAUGGGGGAGGGCGCCAAGGACGUGGUGGAAACGCCCGACCCGGAAAUAAAAAGAAGACAGCUAGCAGAAGCAGCUGAAAAGAGGCAGAUGGAGGCUUCCUCUCGAGGUAUUAAGAACCUUUACUCUGUAGAGCAAAAGAAAAAGAAACAGGAAGAAAUGGAAAAAAGAAUUGAAGCUUCAGGUUCUGGACAAGGAGGACUAAGGUGGCAGGUUGGAUAAAGUGCUACAACUUCUGAAGAGAAGAUUGAUAUUUACUGCCAAUGACUUGCCAGUUUCUGCAGCUGAGUGGCACUUACUCAUGUGGCUUUUGCUGUUUGCAUAUGAAGACUCAGCAGUACUUUGCCAUUGUGGGAGAACAGGUGUGGAGACAAACACUAAGAAACUUAAGAACUAACUCUGAACACUUAAAUUUGUGUGUGUUUGUUUUAUGUGCACGUUUUAUUGCUUCCCUGACAAGGGAGUGAGAGGUUUUCUCACACGGAAGCAGCCUCUUUAGCCAUAGUGAGCGAGCGUGCGUGUGCUGUCUGGUCAGCUGAUGUAUGUUUGUCUGCAUAUGACUGGCUUAGGCACAGCUCAAAUGCCCAUUUGUUGGUUUUGAUGCUUUUUUUCAACCUCUACAAUUAAACUUUUCUCAAAGUCCUUACAUAGAAAGUUGUUCACAAAUAUGUAUAUAUUGGAAUAUGUCCCUGAAAAAUUCCUCUUCAGUUUCCUAAUGACUUUUGAACUGCUUAGGGAUUUAGUGCCUUUUCCAAGAUACAGAUUCACAGUGGGUCCUUACAAAAGGAAGCAUUUUGUGACACUAGUUUAAAGAAAAUAGAAAGCUUUAUAAACCCUGUAUACUUACAGCAAGAAAUCUCUUUUGUUCUGGGUCUAAGAACUGUUCUCUUCGUUUUCUGAUGUGGAUUUCUUGUGAGUCUCUGGAGUAUUUAUAAACACAUAGAAGUUAAACAUUAAAUUAAAAAUACUGGUAUUAAUUGUUCUCCUUUAGUACCACAAGAGGGCAAUGCUGCACUUCUCAGGAUUUUUGAAAACAAAAAGCAAAAGACUUGCAGUCAUGUCUUGGCUGGUUCCUUUCCUAAGGUCUCUCUGCUACCGAGGUAGGUUUGUUACAGCACAGUAACGUUUGCCACAUGCCCAGAGCUCUGUCGCUUUUGUUGAGGAUUCUGCCAUGUCUGUAAUCCCUUUCUUAAAUGUGAAGCUGCCUUUGAUUAUUUAGAAAUGCCUAAAUGGAGUUAGAACCAGACUCAAACUAGUGGCCUCAAGCCACUGCUGUGAUAGAGGAGGGAAGUUUGUUGCAGCAUGAUCAGUACUAAGAAUCUAGCUGUCAUUUUCCCCAGAGAGCAUUUUGCUUGGCCACAGUGUCUUACUGGCCCCAUUUCUGACCUACUUGAGGCUACAGAAGCUUUUUUUUUCCUCCCUUGAACUAUAUAUUUAUUCUUUUACCUCCCCCAGUAGUAUCUGAUGCUGUCUUAGGAGUACAGUCCUGACACAAUGAGUUUCCUGCCUUAGGUUUCAGAAUUGGGUUGAGAAGGGAGACUUUUCAAUAUUAGUAUAAUGGUGUUCAGGCUGAAAAGCUGUGUCUUUGGCAGGUGAAUACCUUCAGUUUCCUUUAAUUGCUGGCAAUGGCUCUCUUCACUGUAUUAACUGGUCAGGUUUUUUUAAAGUCUAAUAAAAAUGCAUUGAAUUAUAAUAAAACACACUAAACCUGAAUUAGAAGUGUGGAUUUUCUGUAACAUCUGUCACACUGGGUGUCCUACAAAGACACUUAAGCAGCCCUUAACGCUGACACUUGGGUCUUUCCAACUUAAUACUUCCUUUGCUUCAUCCCCAUCAUACCACUCCCCAAAAGCAUAAGGGAAGGAAGUAACCAUCAGCCCCUUUUCCUCCCAGGCCCUACUGUACCAAUGAGCUAGCACACUGACCCAGCAGGAAGCUGUGCUUUUAUUAAUAUCAUUUGUUUCUCUGAGUUGCCUCAGUGGUUUUAAAGGAAAGUCUUCCUAAAAAGGAAGUGGUUAGGAAGACUUUCCUUUAAAAACACUGACGUAAUUCAGAGAAACAAUGGCAGUUCCUGGGUUCGUCUGUUGGCAGUCCCAUGCUCUGGAAGGUGGAGGCAUCACCUCAAUGCAGCUGCUGUGCUGCCCACCCAAGGCACACCCAGGCUGUUCUGCUCCAUGUGCUGUCACCAGUAAAGAUGCUCUGCGUUUGAGAAAGAGCAUUGGCACCCACUCAAUUGGCUUCCCUGGGGCUGGCUGCCCAGCAGUGCUGUGCAAAGUAAAGUGGAGAGUAAAGCUCAGAUUGAGUGGAGUUAUGAUGUAAAAGUUGGUUCUUUUGCAUUUCAGCAUUACCAUAGAAGAAGACCACUGCUCUUAAGACUCCUUGUUUUGAAUGCCAGAUUUAUUCUUACGGCUGAGUGGAUAGCUCAAGAUUACAUAUAACUGGUGGAUAAAGCCAUUUUAAAGAGGUUUCUGUAGCAUACUCAUCCAGCUGUUAAGGUGGCCAGUCGAAACAGAGUCUGGAAAAAUGUUUUGAGUAAAUAAAAGCACCUCUCUUUGGUUUAAGUUUUUUGGUAACAUUCAUUUCAGUUGAGAAAGAAUGUAGAAAAAUGACAGAAUUAUGGGGGUUGGAAGGGAUCUCUGGAGCUCAUCCAGCCCAACUGCCUGCCAAAGCAGGUUCCUCUCGAUCAGAGGGCACAGGAACAUGUCCACGUAGGUUUGGAAGCCUCCAGUGGAGAAGACUCUGCACCCUCCCUGGGCAGCAUGUGCCCAUUACUCCUUGUCCUGUCCUUGAUAUCCACUCUUUAGGUACCUAUAAGCCUUGAUAAGGUUCCCCCUUCAGUCUUCUCCAGGCUAAACAGCCCCAGUUCCCACAGCCUUUCCUCUUAAGGAAGAUGCUCCAGUCCCCUGAUCAUCUUUGUAGCCCUCCACUAAACUCUCUCCAGCAGUUCUCUAUCACUCCUGAACCAGGUAACCCAAAGCUGGACACAGUACUCUAGACGUGGCCUUGCCUUACCAGGGCGGAGGUGAAUUCUGCAGUUCAGUAGUGUACAACUGCUGGCUACCUGAAGUGUACCAUUAAAUGGUGAGGGUGAGAGCCACAUAGAUUAGAGCUGCUCUGUCCUAUUAGAAAUAGAUACCUCUCCUCCCUUAGUAGCACUUAGUGCUGCACAAAGUAAGCUUGACACAGGAUGAAUUUCAUCUUUAUUUCCCCCAGUUUACUUCACCUUAGAGGCUGUUAAAAUACCUUCACCCCUAUAGAUUAUCUAGGCAGUUGACAUUGUGUUUGCUUUACAGCAGCACAGCUACACCUUUUUUCUCCACCUGAAAGCAUUUUUUUGGUAGAUCACUUGAAAGCCUCCUUGCAAAGCCCAGAACAUGUAGCUGAAAUGAAAGGGCUGACUUGGUGACUUGCACUAGCAUCUUCUUUGUUGCAGUAAGUGAAACCAUCUGCUACUACACAAAACAAACAGAUUAUGCCAGUGUUUGGGGCAGUGUUUGAGGCUGUGUUUCCUCAAGGAGGACAGGCAGCACCACUACAGGCCCUUAGGAGUACAGAUGACUUCAGCAUGUGGAUCUGGCAGUGACUGACUAAAUCCCCGGGACACGGCUCGUCAGGCACAAGUAGUGCCAGCAGUUGGACUGAGACAGGAACACCUCGCCAGCCCUAUAAACAUUCAUGUGAUCCCAUGGGUCUGUUUCACCUUUACAUUCCUGACAUAGCACAGACUAAGAGACAGGAGAGCCAAGAAAAAGCACUCAACCUCCUUCCCUGUCUGGUACUACAGUACAGCAGCCAAGAAGGCAAAGCCCAAAAAGAACCAAACCCUUGGGGCAGCAUCUCUGGCAGAUGCUUCUGUAACGCCGUGGUGUGGCAAACAGCUCAUCUCUCUGAUCUAAAAUGAACACAGCUAAUGAAUUCAGUGUUGGGUCUUAAGCUGUAAGAAACUUGCCAUACCUUCCCACACACAUACGUUGACACCUCCCUGUUUCAUCCCCACCAACAGCUCUCCAACCAGUUUCCACAGACUUUAUGCAUCAUUUCCAAAAAGCUGUUGGAUAAAAAGGUGGUAAAGCAAAAAGAAGGAGCAAUUAUCACUAUAUUAAAGAUAACAAAAAAAAAGCCCAUCCUCAAUCAGUUAUGUAAAUAAUCCUGCCUAGGAUACAAACUCACAGUAAUAUAUGUAUGAAGAGCAAGGUGACAGAAGGAACCUCCCAUAAUGAGCAGGAACAGAUGUUACAGUUACAUUUCUAAACUAAUUCCAAAUUGCUUCCAGUGUGGUGAUGCUUAGUUGAUGUUAUACAGCAACAGUCAUUUUUAUAAGCAGUCACACCAUCUACCAACCCUGAGCUUUAGCACAGCUGCUCAUCCACAGCCAGUGGGAGCUCUCAGGGGGUUUGUUCCAUGACCCAGUGGGGAUUUUGAGAAAAGGCUUCAGUGCAGCUCAUAACAGUUCAACUUUUCAGGGCCUUCAGCCUCCUCAGCACUCACAUUCAGCAGUUACACAGUGACAGAGGAAGCUAAAAGCACUGCAUGCCCCUCUUCCUUACAAUCCUCUCCCAGCGCUAGUUCAACAUCCCAGCAUCUCAGCUACCGCCCUUUCAAACAAGAAACCAUUCCACAGUCUCAGCAGAUACUCCCUCACUCAGGGGUACAAGAGGACCUUCAUGUCUUCCCUGUUGCUACUCCACCACUCGGUUCAGCCUUCUAGAAAUCUACACUAGAUACCUUAAUAUCAUACUUGGGCCUAGAAACUUCAAGUAUCAUCCACUAUACCUACCUAGUCAAACAAUGUAGGGGGUUGGGUUUUUUCUCUCCAAAUAUCGACUACACAAAUUCUGUUCUGUCCCCAUCACUGCAGCAAGGGCCUUCAACUCCCAACAACUUCCCCAGCUCCUACAGAGAUACAGGAUCUAGUACACCACAAAAAUACCAUUUAUCAGAUCAUCAAUACUUAUCUUGUGAAUGAGAUGCUCCCAACCCCUUCUUCCAGAGUUAACUACCUUAGUGCAUUGGGGCUUGUUUGCUUUAUGGAUGCUCCUGCUUUAAUUUCCUCUCCUACUCUCCACACCUUUACCAGGUGCAGCAGAUGCACUAGGUCCCACCUGCAAGCUUUUCACACAGAGUCAGUGGUAGUGACAACACUUUAAAUGGGCCUUUAUAGGUCCCUUAUUCUGGAACUGACCAAGCUGAAGUUUCAAGUCAUGGUUUAGCAUGAUUUGGGGUUUGGUUUCCUUUGUUGUUGUUUUUAAGAUGCAUAAGUACCUUGAUUGAAAAAAGACUAUUUUGAUAGCUCCAGUCUGAGCUCAUAAAGCAGUUCAUAUUUCAUUUAAAAUCUUGGUUUGGAUUUACCAGGAUUAUUUGUUGGAGUUUAAUAUUAAAAUAAACCUAAAAAUAUGAGGUUUUAUCAUUAUCUGCUUUUGGUUUAUUAACCUGGAAGCACCUUCAAAUGUUUUAAUGAAAAAAUCACACCAGUAGUGCAAACUUUACCUUGGAUAAUUGAAAUACAGCUAUUUAUGUUUUUAAAAGUAACCGUUCUCUCAAAAUAAACAU